AUGCUGGAUGUGUGGUCGCUGUCCGGGCAAAAGCUUGCGUCUGUAUCGCUGACGACGGAACUCGAGACUCCAACAGUUCUGUCCCUGAAGCAGCACCUGCAGAGCCUAUGCCAAGCGUCCAGGUUCAGGCAAAGGCUUCUGCUGUCCAACAUCAACUUGGAGGAUGAUGAGACUUUGGACUCAGGGACCGGUAGCCUACAGCUAGUCGUACUGCCAUUUGUUGACGGUACUGGUGAACUAGAAGCAGCUUGCUAUGCUGGAGAUGUCGAGCAAGUCGAGUGCCUUCUGCAACAACCGCAGCAUCCAGACCAACAUGGUGAGGGAAUCAGGCCUGUUUGCAUCGCAGCCUCUUAUGGCGAUGAAAAGAUUGUGGAGUUGCUGUUGGAGGCGGGCGCAGCUUUGGAGCACGUCUUCGAGACAAGGUCACCUCUUGUGGCGGCACUAUGUCGAGGCCAUCUGGACCUUGCCCGCUUGUUACUAGGAGCCCUUGCUGACCCUUGUACAAGUAGCGUCAGUGCUACAAUCGUCUCAGCGGCGAAGCGCAAUGAUGUUGAGCUGGUGAGCCGAUUUGCCAAGGCAUUGUCAGGAGGGAAGGUUUUCGUGUCGACUCCAGACGAUGGCUGGCCCUGCCCCGGCUUGAUAGCUUUGUAUGAAGCUUCGAAGCGAGGCCAUGCGGAGAUCGUGUGGCUGCUCCUUCAAGCCCCGGAGUUGGCGUUCACGGUUGUGCGUCUCCUGUUGGAUGCUGCAGCCAAUAUGAACGAGUUGGGUUUUGACAAUAUGGAGGACAGGUUCGGGAAUAGGUUCGAAUAUCACGAUGACAUGUCAACUCCUCUAGCUGCGGCUGCCGGUAAAGGUCAUCACAACAUUGUGUAUCUCCUUCUGCUUGCCAGAGCCGAUGCAAAUUGUGGUCCAAAAGCACCUGUAGCUUUAGCGGCGCGGCAUGGUCAUGGAAAGAUUAUGCAGAUGCUGCUACAGGGCAGAGCGGAUGUGAACAAAACCAGCAUUUUAGGAGAUGAUCGUGAUCGUGUUGCAGUUGAACUUGCAGUGUAUUAUGGCCACGUUGAGAUUCUCAGAAUGCUCUUGUGUCGAAAGGCCGAUGCAACCCUGGGAAACGCUUUAUUCAUUGCAUCCGAGAAUGGACAACAACAGAUGGUGAUGAUGUUGUUGAAGGCGCGGGCGGAUACUGCGGGAAUUGAUGGUUACAGUGGCCACACUGCGUUGAUUUUAGCGACAUGUGCUGGGCAUAUUGAAGUUGUGCAGCAGUUGUUGAAAGCACGAGCGGAUCCGAAUGGUAUUUCUGAGUCCUGGGGCUCUACGGCCCUUUGUGAUGCUUCAGCUCAAGGCCACUAUGACAUCGUGCGAAUGCUGCUAAAGUCAAAGGCACAUCCGGAUCCCCAAGAUUUCAGUCAUUUCAGUCCUCUUCUCACAGCUUCAGCAUGCGGCCACAAGGGCGUGGUACAAAUGCUGCUCGAACGCAGGGCAGACACAGAAGUUAGAGAUUCUCAUGGCAGAACAGCUGCCGAUCUUGCAGAGGCAAAUGGCCACUAUGAAGUCGCGAUGGCAAUUGAUCAGGUAACAGGAGUCACAUGCAUCAUCCAAUAA